AUGCCCACAGAGGGAGAGAAAUCUCCCGAGGCAGAGAAUAACAACAAUAAUAAUAAAAAAGGGAAAACUGGAGGCUCACAGGAUUCUCAGCCUUCGCCUCUUGCUUUGCUAGCAGCCACUUGCAGCAAAAUAGGAACUCCUGGUGAGAAUCAAGGAACUGGACAGCAGCAGAUUAUUAUAGAUCCAAAUCAAGGUUUGGUGCAGCUUCAGAGUCAGCCACAACAGUUAGAAUUGGUAACAAGUCAGCUUGCUGGAAACGCUUGGCAGCUUGUUGCCACUGCUCCUCCUGCUUCAAAAGAAAACAGUGUUGCUCAACAAGGAUCUUCUGCUGCCUCUAGUGCAGCAAGUCCCUCCAGCAGUAACAAUGGAAGUACGUCCCCUUCAAAAACCAAAUCAAGCAAUUCUUCUGCAACAAGCCCUGGACAAUUUCAAGUCAUUCAAGUACAAAAUCCAAGUGGUAGUGUCCAAUACCAAGUGAUCCCACAGAUUCAGACAACAGAAGGUCAACAACUUCAAAUCAAUCCAUCUAAUACUACUGGUCUUCAAGACAUACAGGGUCAAAUUCAGCUCAUUCCUGCAGGGAAUAAUCAAGCUAUCCUCACAGCUGCAAAUAGGACAGCUUCGGGGAACGUUAUUGCUCAAAACCUAGCAAAUCAGACAGUUCCAGUCCAAAUUAGGCCUGGUGUUUCCAUACCACUGCAACUGCAGACUAUUCCUGGUACUCAGGCACAAGUUGUAACAACAUUACCUAUAAACAUUGGUGGGGUAACCCUGGCAUUGCCUGUGAUAAACAACGUGGCAGCUGGAGGAGGCUCGGGUCAAGUUGGCCAGUCUACUGAGGCUGGAGUUUCCAAUGGAAAUCAGCUAGCAUCUACGCCUGUGACUUCUGCCUCUGUUAGUACGAUGCCGGAGUCUCCUUCCUCAUCUUCCACCUCUACAACCACUGCCUCAACAUCUCUAACCAGCAGUGACACACUAGUGAGCUCUGCAGAAACAGGCCAGUACACAAGCACAGCAGGCAGCAGUUCAGAGCAGGCACCUGAAGAACCUCAGACGACUGCUACAGACUCUGAAGCCCAGAGUUCCAGUCAGCUUCAGUCCAAUGGACUACAGAAUGUCCAGGAUCAGUCUGGUUCCCUUCAGCAGGUCCAAAUUGUCGGUCAGCCUAUCCUACAGCAGAUCCAGAUCCAGCAGCCUCAACAGCAGAUUAUUCAGGCCAUUCCUCCACAGUCAUUUCAGCUACAGUCAGGGCAGACUAUACAGACCAUCCAGCAACAGCCUUUGCAGAAUGUUCAGCUGCAGGCAGUGAGUCCAACUCAGGUGCUCAUCAGGGCUCCGACUUUAACACCAUCCGGGCAGAUCAGCUGGCAAACUGUACAGGUUCAGAAUCUGCAAAGCCUUUCGAAUCUGCAAGUUCAAAAUGCUGGGUUACCCCAACAGCUAACCAUUACCCCUGUGUCUUCAAGUGGUGGCACAACCAUUGCCCAGAUUGCACCGGUGGCUGUUGCUGGUACCCCCAUCGCUCUGAACGCUGCCCAGCUUGCUUCAGUACCUAAUCUUCAAACAGUAAGUGUUGCCAACCUGGGUGCUGCAGGUGUUCAAGUUCAAGGAGUUCCUGUUACCAUUACCAGUGUUGCGGGUCAACAGCAAGGACAGGAUGGAGUAAAAGUACAGCAAGCCACAAUAGCUCCUGUUACUGUAGCAGUAGGUGGCAUUGCUAAUGCAGCAAUUGGUGCUGUUAGUCCUGAUCAGAUAACGCAAGUGCAGCUGCAACAAUCGCAACAAGGUUCUGACCAGGAAGUGCAACCCGGCAAAAAAUUGAGAAGAGUUGCCUGCUCAUGUCCUAAUUGCAGAGAGGGAGAAGGAAGAGGCAGCAAUGAGCCAGGAAAAAAGAAACAACAUAUCUGCCAUAUUGAAGGAUGUGGAAAAGUUUAUGGUAAGACAUCUCAUCUUCGAGCACAUCUGCGCUGGCAUACCGGUGAAAGACCAUUUAUAUGCAACUGGAUUUUUUGUGGCAAGCGAUUUACAAGGAGUGAUGAGUUACAAAGACACAGAAGAACCCACACAGGUGAAAAGAGAUUUGAGUGCCCAGAAUGUUCGAAAAGGUUUAUGCGAAGUGACCAUCUCUCGAAACAUGUCAAAACUCAUCAGAACAAGAAGGGUGGUGGAACAGCCCUUGCCAUUGUUACCUCAGGAGAACUGGACUCUUCAGUUACUGAGGUUCUUGGUUCUCCAAGAAUUGUCACUGUUGCUGCCAUUUCUCAAGAUUCAAACCCAGCAACCCCUAAUGUUUCAACAAACAUGGAAGAAUUCUGA